UUUAAAACGUCUUUGGUUUAUACAUUGACGUUAUCACUGAUACAUUCAACAUUUGUUGUUCUUCUCGUCGAACAUCAUUCUCUUUCUCUUGUAGUUCAUUCGUCGUGUUAUUAAAACGUUUAUAUACAAUUUGGAAAAAUGGUGAAUGUACCUAAACAGAGACGUACUUACUGCAAAAAAUGCAAAGUACAUAAGGUACACAAAGUAACACAGUACAAAAAAUCCAAGGAACGUCAAGCUUCUCAGGGUCGUCGUCGUUACGACCGAAAACAAAGUGGUUUUGGUGGUCAGACUAAGCCUAUUUUCAGAAAGAAGGCUAAAACAACCAAAAAGAUUGUAUUGAGGAUGGAAUGUUCCGAAUGCAAAUACCGUAAACAAAUCCCGUUGAAACGUUGCAAGCAUUUUGAAUUGGGAGGUGACAAAAAACGAAAGGGACAAAUGAUCCAGUUUUAAGUCUAAACAUUUUUUUGUUACUUUUAAGACCAAUAUAUAAGUGCAUACUGCAAAUUGCUUUUUUUA